GAUCGUUAUAAUAAAAGCUUGGGUUUUCUUUUUCCUUUCAAACUUUCUCUCUCACUCUCUAUCUUCUCUCAAAAAGUCGGGAGAGAUGACUCAGUAGAGAAAACCCAUUCCAAUAUUGGGAAAAAGGGUGACAGAAAGUUGAAGUUUCAGAGAGAGUCUGAUCUUUAUCUUUGCUUGUAAAAAAAUGAUAUAUGGAAGUCUGUUCAUGGUUUACAUUCGAGCUAUUGUGAUAGAGGUUGAUUCUUUGUUCUUUUUGAAGGAAUAAGAGAGAGAACUAAAACAGGAGUGGGAAAGUAAGAAGUGAACAUAGGCUCUGUUUGUUUGUUUUCUUGGUCAAAUUCUUAUUGUCUAGCCAUGGAAGCUGCAGAGACUUAGAGACCUUUGUGUACUGAGUUUUCUUUUAUGGUUUUCAUGAUAAUAGAUGUAUAUGAACUUCAAUUGAUGGCUUGAAGACCAGUUCGAGCCUUCGUGGUGAUAUAUGAGCAGAUUGGCCAGAGUAAUCUUUCACGCUGAGAAAUAUCAGAUCUGGAGUGACCAGAAAACAAGGAUUAAUGACUGAUCAUCAAGGGUCUCGAUCAUCAUCUUCAUCUCCCAGCCAAGACUACACAAAACCAGUUCAGUCUUUCUUUGGUUCUCCAAGGUUCAAAGCCUUCACAACAAAAGGUCAUGGUGAGACUAUUCAUGAGACUGUGAUGAUGAUGAGUCCAACUUCAGUCCUUGACAACAAGCCAUUCUCUCCUUGCAAAACCCCAUUUUGGUAUGAAUCAAACCAACCCAAGUUCCCCAAAACUGAGGAAAAACAAUUCCCAUUAGAGAAAUUACUUGACACCAAAGGCAUUGCCCUUGCUCUUCUUGAUAAACCCAUCGAAGACACUUCUUCUUGUUAUAAUCCUAGUCCUAAGGUCUUGUUUGGAGCUAAGCUAAGUAUCCAAAUCCCUCCCGUGCCUCCAUCAUCAAUUUCUCCAUCCGGAUCUCCUGCUGAUUUUGGGACCAAAACCCGGAAUCCAAACCUAUCCCCACAAGGGUCUGCCGCAAUUAAUUAUGGGAUCCAAACAGAGGAUUUUGAUGGAGUUUUCCAGGGUUCCUUAUCUGUGAGUGAGAUGGAGCUCUCUGAGGAUUACACUCGUGUGAUCUCUCAUGGUCCUAAUCCUAAAACAACCCACAUAUUUGGUAAUUUCAUUGUGGAAAGCCACUAUUCCUUUAGUAAGCCAAACUCUGCAACCAAGGAUUUCCUCAGCUCCUGCUGCACAUGCAGGAAAAAUCUUGAUCAGAAAAGUGACAUUUUUAUUUACAGAGGUGAGCAAGCUUUUUGUAGUGACGAGUGCCGGUACAAAGCAAUGUUGUUAGAUGAAGUAGAGAAUUGAGAAUUUUGAUACAAUUCAUUAGAUUAUUCGCACAUCAAGAAGACAAGCACUUUGUCAUCAAAUCUCUCUACUCUAGAUGAUUCAGAAAGAAGAUGAUUCAGUUCCAGCAAAACCCAUGAUUGAUAUUUUCACUCUGUUGAAGCUCUCUCAGUUGCAGAUAAAGAUAAAAGAGAGGAUAAGAUCUUGUAGACAGGAUUUGUUCUCUAGUUUUUUAUUUUCUUAAAGAUGGGGACUUGGAUUGGUUUCUAAAGCUUUUUGGCCCUCAGUGCCCCGACGCA